AUGUCCAUCGGCCUGCAAUACCAUUUUCUCUUUCUCUUUUGCUGUCUCUCUUUCGAGCAGUGGUCCCUCUAUCUAUCUAUCUAUCUAUCUAUCUAUCUAUCUAUCUAUCUAUCUCACUCUAUUCACAUCUAUCUAUCUAUCUAUCUAUCUAUCUAUCUAUCUAUCUAUCUAUCUAUCCCAGUUUGCUCAUUUCAUAUCUAUCUCUGCUCAUUUCAUAUCUAUCUAUCUAUCUAUCUAUCUAUCUAUCUAUCUAUCUAUCUCAAGGAUUAUCGACGAAAUACAGAACCACCAGUUGGUCUUGUUUGUAAUGUAAAUCCAUCAAAUUCAAACACAAGCUUCAUUUUGUUUGAAGAAGAUCCAAGUAUUAAACCGAUUGACUACCGAGAGUUACAUCAACUGGUUCGUGAACUGAUGGUUGGCAUAUAUCUCUUGAAUCAAACGCCAACUAUUUCUUUGGAGUCCAAUUAUGAUCAAACAUCAACUUGUAAAUUACCACCUGCCUAUGAGAAUACCAAAAUUGGACAGUUGUUGAUUGAAGUGGAUUAUAUGAUGAAAUCUCUCUGGCAUGGGGUCACACUGCCCAAGGAAAAGAGGCAAAAGUUUCUUGAGAAAUGGCGAGCUAGCCGGGAUAGUACCAAGGCAGAAUCACUCAAAGCCAUACAGACAGAAUUUAACAGCAUUGGAAUGAUUGACCUGACAAAUGAUGCAACAUUUGCAGAAGUAUAUGAGAAGGCCAAAUAUUCAGCUACAUCCACAAAACUCUCUGUUGACCGACGGGCAUUCUAUCUGCUUAGUGACCAUAUACUUUUGCAGAUGGCCUUCCGACAAGAAACGAUUAUGCAGUACAAGAACCUCUUUGUUUUGGAUGCUGAUUGGAUCAUUUCCAGCCGCAUGCAACUAGCUGACCACCAAGUAGACAAGGACACAGCUGAGCAGUUCAAUAUCUACCUUCAGCAUUAUGUAGGCAUCGUUGUGCAGGCUCUUCCUCUCAAGGCUGAUAUCCGGCGAAACUUGGUCCUUCUGAAAUUGGUCAGCUUUCUUACCCCAUUUUUUGUUGGAAUGCGAAAGUGUAUGAAGAUUCCAGUCAAAGACAGAUUACUCAGGCAUUAUUUAGUUGAUGAAUGCAGAACUGAAUCUGAGUUACCUCCCUUGAUGAGCAAACCUGACUCCAAAAGUGCCAGUUACAACUCUGGAAACCAUUACCAUCAUCUUCAUGGCGGAAUUUCAAUAGAUUUAAACACAAUGAAACCAAUUGCACCAAAGAAAGACAUCAUUGAAUCUUACAAUAAAAUAAAGACAACGGCAAUGGCACAUUUGGACAAAAUGCUUUGCCCAGACCAACCUUUAAUGGACAAUAAUGUUAUUCCUGUUCAGGAGAUUGCUGGGAAAAGGUAUUAUGUAAUAGCGUUGGAAUUUGAAACCUUUUACUACCCACAAGAACCUCCCUGGGUGAAGCCAUACCAUGAUGAACUAACCAAACUGAAGUCAAAGAGACCUGCAGGCGUAGAAAACUGUAUUCAAGAAGUUCUACGGAAAUAUUUUGGACAGAAACGAGCUGCCAAAUGCAAAAACACACAGUAUGUUUUGAGGCUUGCUGCUCAACGAGGAUUGGUGCCAGCAUUUCAAUUUUAUUGUCGAAAAAGUCCCUCAACCCGAAGUGUAUCAAAACUGGAUGAGUCUGGUUACUCAUUGCUUCAUCAUGCUGCUAUGAAUAACCGUCCAGAAAUUAUUACUCUUCUUCUGCAAGAAGGAGUGGACAUCAAUCUAAGGAGACAUAACCUGUCAUCCUCAGGUCCUGCUGCCCUUCAUCUGGCUGCUCAGUGUGGAUCCCUGGAUGCUGUUACAUGCCUGGUUGGUAACAUGGCUAAAAUCAAUGUCAUUGAUCAUAACGGCUGGACUCCAGUCCAUUGCGCAGCCUUCUAUAACCAAGCAGCUGUUUUGGAAUUGUUUCUUCAACGAGAUAAAGACUUUGCUGAACUUAAAACUGCGGACAGCUCUAAACUGACCCCUCUGUUACUAGCUGCAACUGCAGGGUCAUUACCAUCAGUGAAAACCCUGAUUCAUCUCAAUGCUGAUGUUACGGCCUGUGACAGCAGUGGUUACAAUGCUGUGCAAUUAUCUGUGUUACGCAGUCACACCCAUGUGGUUCGAUACUUGCUACAAUGUGACUCUCCUCAGUUACAAGUCUGGAGGAUCCUUGUGCAAAUGCUGCAGAUCAAUGAUUUCACUGUAAAAGGAUGUGCUGUUCGCUGCUUAGAAGAUCUAAUCUGGAGUUAUCCUCAAUACUGGCAUGCGAUAUAUGAAUCUGGCGGAAUUCCUGCUUUAGCCAAUUUGCUGAAAAUGGAGAAUGAUGAAUUGGUGUCCAUUGCAGCCUCAGUAUUAUGCAAAAUCUGUGAGCAUAAAAAGGUGCAGGAAGCGUUGAGUGAGGUGCAGCCUGGACCAACCCUAAUCCGUUUGCUUUCUUCCCCCAUUGAUGACAUACAGGCCAGGGUGGCCAUCAUCAUAUCAGACCUUGCAUCCAAUAAAGAACAGAAUCAAGUUAAUCUGGCUGAUCAAGGAGCCAUUCCAGCAUUAGUCAAUUUGCUUGAAUCAGAAGUGGAGGAUGUUUUGCUUAACACAAUCAACGCGAUUAGGAUUAUUUGCCUCAACAAUUUAACCAAUCAAACAGAAGUGGCUCAAUGCAAUGGAAUUGAAGCCUUGGUCGAGUUCUUAACCAUUGGAUCAGAUGACCAAAUUUUAGAAUCUGCUGCUGCAGCUGCUCUGGCUGCAAUUUCCCAUGGGCACAAGGACAACCAAAAUAUCAUCAUCAAGGCAGAUGCAGCUCUGCCUUUGGUUGAGUUGGUUUCCAGCCGAAAUCUCCCCCUCCAAAUGAAAGCUGCUCGUGCCAUUGAAGCUUUGGCUGAUAAUAAUCCUGAAAAUCAAAGAAUUUUUAUCAAUUUAGGCACCGUUCCAGCCUUGAUCCAACUUCUUAAGGCGAUUAUGAUGGUCAUUAAAGUCCUAGGAGCUUUGUGUAUAGGUGUGGCUUACACCAAUAACUUAUAUACCCAGAAUAAAAUUGCAGAAGAAGGUGCUCUGCCAGCUUUGGUUUACUUGUUGAAUGAAAUUCAGUUGGAAGAGAUGCAAAUUGAAAUUCUGACAACAUUGGGGUGUAUUGUACUCCAGAACCCUGAAAACCAACAGAUGCUGCUUCAGCAACCAAACUUUACCUGGGAUUGCCUUCUCCAUCAUCUCAAAUCUCCUGACAAGGUAAGUUGA